GUCGCCGCGUCCGCACUCCGUGCGAACUGUGUCUACCGCGCUCCCACCACGCGCUAAAUGGCGCCCAAACCGGGACCUCACUCUCGCGGGUGAUCUAUGGUGGGCGGACGGCCGCGUCGCAAACACACAUGCUGACGAUAUGGAUACAGUAUGGCCGCGGCAUAUUGGCUCAACUUGCUCGGAUGCCUGUCGCUGUCGCUGCUAUGUCUCUUCACAACUACUCUUCAAGUCACAAGCGUGCUUGCGGGAGAGACCACGGAGCUCUCGAGCCGCGCCUCGCUCGCUGAACCCACGCCUACUAAAUUUCCAAAGUGCGACUUCACGUUCGUGAGCCGCGCCGGCGUCACCAACGGCACGUUUCAUGCGCCCGAGCUGAUCAACCCCAACAACCAGAGCCGCCAGUGCCUCUACACGUUCCUGGCCCUGCCAGGCCAGCGUGUGCUCGUCGAGUUCCGCACCUUCGACCUCCGGGGAAAACCGCCAGAUGGAGCUGCCGUGGGAGAACUACCAGCAUGCAUGCACGAGUCAAUGGACAUUUACUCGGAGAUGGCAUCCCUGGAAACAAGCGAGCUGGUCAACUCGGCGUUCGGCGGGCGUUACUGCGGGCCCAUACCGCCGCGCCGCCGCGUCUCACUGCACCGCGCCGUCGCACUCUCCUUCUACACAGACAAAAUGUACACGCCGCCUACACUCUUCACAGGAACCUACCAGUUCAUCAACGCAUCGGAAUUCGAAGUGGGCACCCCAGUUCCCAACACAUUGUGUUCGUUCGUGAUAGAGGCGAGCAAACGCAAGACAGGCCUGCUGCUCUCCCCGACGUACCCUGGCAUCUACCCAAAGGACAUGACCUGCAACUAUCUGUUCAGCGGCCAGCCCGGACAAAGGAUCCGACUCGAGUUCAGGGAUUUCGAUCUGUUUUUCGGCGGGCCACAUUGUCCGUUCGACUGGGUGCGCGUGUACGACGGGCCAGACAACACGUCGGCAGUGAUCGGCACGUACUGCGGCCAGCAGCGGAACCUGGUGCUGUACUCCAGCGACGAGCGGCUGCUGGUCACGUUCUACACGCUGCCGCGCGCCGCCAGCACACAGAACCGCGGCUUUAAGGGUAUCUUCGAGUUUUCAGAAAGUUUUGUUAAGUUAGAUUUUAUAAGUAAACACGACGCCGAGCACAUUAGGGGCUCAGAAUGCGACCAGAAGAUUCUAAGUAAAAAGGAAUCGACAGGUUUCGUCUACCAUCCAAAUUAUCCAUUCCCUUAUAUACAAAAAGUUGUUUGUAGAUAUUUUAUAUAUGGUAUGCAAGAUUCACAAAAUUUGGAAAGGGUUCGAUUAGAGUUUCAGAACUUUUCUAUUCCGAAGGGCGAUAAUCCAAAACCGGAUUCUUGUCCUGAUGGGUACCUGAAAGUAUACCUGCGCGGGCAGGAGGCUACAGACUCGUACGACAAACAUGACGCCGAGCUGUGCGGAGAGGGAUCUGCAGGCAAACCUCCCUUCCCUCCGCCUUUACUCUCCGACGGGCCCCGCCUUGUGAUGGUAUUCAGCUCAGGAGAACUGCAAGGCAGGGGGUUCAAAGCCAAGUAUACUUUCGAGACUGAAUAUCGAGUGCCGGGCACAGCGGCGCCGGGCGGCGAGUGUGCGUUCACGUAUCGAAGCGAAGCAAAGAAGCGCGGCGAGUUCAACUCCCCCCGCUACCCCUCCAACUACCCCUCACACACCAACUGCACAUACACGUUAGCUGCCAGCCCCAGUGAGCAAGUCACAGUGGUGUUCGACCACUUUAAAGUUAGGGCUGACGCCUGGAAUGCGACUGCAGGCGUAUACAGUGGGGCAACAUGCAGCGAAGACUGGGUGGAAGCGUGGUGGGUGGGUCGUGAAGGCGCACGAGUGCCACUAGGCAGGUGGUGUGGGCUGGCCACACCUGGCCCAAUGCACUCGCCGCGCGGCGCCACUGGCCUCGUCAUCGCGCUACACACAGAUAGUGAGGCCGUCGCCUCUGGCUUCAAAGCUAGAUAUAUUUUCGAGCCAGCGAAGUCAAUAUUUGGCGACUGCGGCGGCAAUAUGUCCGGCGCAGAGUGGGGCGUGAUCACGUCCCCCAACUUCCCGCAGAACUACGAGCAGCCCAAAAACGGACCGGCCUCCAGGGUCUGCAACUGGUUCGUUACGGCGCGCCCCGGGAAGAGACUCUUGCUCAAUUUUGAAUACUUCGCUGUCGAAGGACAUCUUACUGAGCGUGGAUGUCCAGCGGCAGUUCUCAGGCUGUGGUACGAGAGCCCGGGUCCUCCGCUCGAGCUGUGUGGGGAGAAGGCACCCGGCGACCGCUGGCAGUACCUCUCCUCCUCCAACUCGAUACGACUCUCGUUUAUAAUAGCGGAUAAGGCGGUGGGUGCGACGGGGUGGCGCGCCGUGUGGACGGAGGUGACGGUGCCGGAGAGCGGCGAGUGCGAGGAGGGCUCGCUGGACUGUGGCGGCGCGUGCCUGCCGGCCGGCGCGCGCUGCUCCGGCCUCAAGCACUGCGCACUCACGGCCGACACCAAGCCCACCCACUGUUAGUAUGCACCGCUUCUACCGCAGAACUGAUCCACGGCGACCGUCGUACGUACACCGCCCGGUACACGUCCAACCAUCUGACGUCGAGGAAUACUUGCUACUAAAAGUAUUCGAAUAAUAAUCGUAGACAUUACUAUCUUUAUCGUACUUACAUAUCUAAUGACUUUCUCUUCUAGGUGUCUAAAGGAAGUCCUCGUCUAUCCUUAUGUUAUAAUUUAGAUUACGACUAAGUCUAAAUUGAAUAAGCUAAACUUUUUCCAAAUUUUUAAUUAAUUUGAACUGACACUGUAUAUUACAAUUGGCACUUUACCGCACUUUGCAUUUCCACUUGAUAAAUGUAUCUACACCGUUGCAUUUUGUCGUUGCAUUAUAGGGGUUAUAAAUUAAAGUCUAUAAUUAUAAAUUAUAACUAUGAUAAUGUAGCUUGUUGAGAAUACUUACGGAGUAAGCAGUAUAUGGACUACUGACCAUCUUAUUAUUGUGCUUCCCUACUUGCUUGUAUACUUGAUACAAAGUGAUAUCGAGUAGAAUGUCUCGAAAUAUCUUUUGUCUUCUCCACAGCCUCCACUCACUACACUACCUUCAAACAUUAAUUACUUACAUUCCAAUAAGUGAGAAAAAACUAGUAUUAAUUAUUCGACAACAAAAGCGCAUGAAACCUUUUUCCAAAAUGAAGUAAAAUAAAGAAUCGUUAUCAUGGAAACACGAACCACCGAGAGAUUCUACUCGUAACUAUCCCGCCACUCAGCCGGUACCCACACUACCCAGACCCACGUAUCGCUACAUAACGUAACUGUAACGUAACUGAGCAGGGAGUCGCAACACGAAGCUUGUCGUACAUUCGCUGCUUACUCCUGCUUUUAUCUUCUAAAUCGUUGUAAAAUAUUGUAUUCUAAACACUGUAGCACUGUUUAACUAAUAACUCUAAACAAAUACAAUAAUGUUAUGUUCACUGUACUUUCUCAGUAUAAGGAUGAUUCAAUGCAAUCUUUGUCUCUAAGGAAGUUGUUACAUGUACUCUAGGGAUCUAGGUGUUUAGACACUUUCCAUCAUAUAAUUGUUGGUGAAUUAGCAGAAUAUAUUGAAUAUGUUGCAAAGAU